CACAUUGACAGACGGCAUUGCAGGAGCAUAUCGAUUUUUACCAUCGUCUGAAGUUUAGUGUCCGUAUCGUCUUUAUUAGUGUAGUAGUGUCUUCACAUGAAGAUUAUCGUGCAUGGGAUUUUUGUUUAAUUCGAAAUUAAUUAUCCUUGUGUAUUCGGAAAGUUAGAAGAUGACGAAGGAUAGGCUAGCAGCUUUGAAAGCGGCUCAGAGUGAUGACGACGAUGUCGGUCCAGACGAAGUGUCGGUCAAUGUGGAGGGGCGCGAUGGAUUCAUGGACGAAUUCUUCGCGGAGGUGGAGGAGAUUAGAGACAUGAUAGAUAGGAUUCAAACAAAUGUCGAAGAAGUAAAGAAAAAGCAUAGCGCCAUAUUAUCGGCGCCACAGACGGAUGAAAAGGUUAAACAAGAACUGGAAGACCUAAUGGCGGAUAUUAAGAAGACAGCAAAUAAAGUCAGAGCUAAAUUAAAGGUAAUCGAACAAAACAUAGAACAAGAAGAGCACACGAACAAAUCGUCGGCGGAUUUGAGGAUACGGAAGACGCAACAUUCGACACUGUCGCGCAAGUUCGUGGAGGUGAUGACCGAGUACAACCGCACGCAGACCGACUACCGGGAGCGCUGCAAGGGCAGGAUACAGCGCCAGCUCGAAAUCACUGGUCGAACAACAACGAAUGAGGAGCUAGAAGAGAUGCUUGAACAGGGCAAUUCAGCAGUAUUCACUCAAGGGAUAAUAAUGGAAACGCAGCAAGCGAAACAGACACUUGCCGACAUUGAGGCGCGACAUGCCGACAUCAUCAAACUGGAGAACUCCAUCAGGGAACUCCACGACAUGUUCAUGGAUAUGGCUAUGUUGGUCGAAAGUCAGGGCGAAAUGAUCGACCGCAUCGAAUACCACGUGGAGCAUGCAGUGGACUACGUGCAGACAGCCACGCAGGACACCAAGAAAGCGCUCAAGUAUCAGAGCAAAGCGCGGCGGAAGAAGAUCAUGAUCCUGAUCUGCCUGACAGUUUUGGGACUGAUCCUAGCUUCCACCGCGGCCAGCUACGUUGGACUUUAGACAAAAACACGCUGUAUGAAGGAAAGAGUUGUAUUUGUUUAUUGACCAUCAACGCAGUGGGCGCCAUAUUUGAUGACGUCACUCGACAUCGAAUCAAACCAUUACAUCGAAUCAUCAAUCAUCGCCAUGAAUCAUCAGUCACAGCAUCAGCAUCAAUGUAAUCAACGCAGCUCGCUUCUGAUGCCGCCACUAGUCAAGUUUAGCAGUCAAUCGUCAAUCAUCACCAAUCAUCGCACAACAAUCAUCUGUCAAAAAUAAACUGUGGUUUAAACGGCCCUAGAGUAUUGUGUUGAGGUAAGGAAGUAUUGGAAAUUGGUCAUCUAUUUGAGUGGGGAAAUAUUGUUUUUGAUUCAAUCAUGAAAUAUAUUUCUUCAAUAACAUUUUUUUUUAAAUUGAGUUUCAUUUAUUUUAUUGAUAUUCAUUUAUUGAGUUUCAUUGGAUGGGAAGACCCAGAGAUGUGUUCUAAAGUUUUCUUAAUUAUUCCCUUGAGUCACAUCUUCCAUAGAAAUUGUAACUAUUAAUAAUUGAUUGGAGUAUUAAAGUGACUAACUAGACUAUUGGAGUAAUAGACUAAAGCCUGUAAGUUAAAGUGUAUGAAUCCAUUGGAAAAUAGCUAAUACAAUAAUAUGAAAGGAAUGAAUAGCACAUCGAGGUAUGGCAUUAGUUAUUAUUGAAUAUUAGUGAAUUCAUUUUAAUAUUAUAUACUUACUGUAAUAAAAACAGGUCGAGCAAAAAAUCAUUUUUAGUGCUAUCUAACUGAACACUUCCAAUAUCAAUAUGAAUUCGCUAGCAUUUGGAUAAUUACUGUAGCUAUUUCUGAAUUUUCCUAUCGUUCAAUUAUUUUAUGUUAUAUUAUUAUAUUUAUAGUGAAUUGAUUAAUCGCAGCUCCUUGAAUAUAGGUGAAAUUUCAGUUUUUAUUUUCCAAGAUUGCAUGAACAUAUAAUAGAAUAAAAUUAAAUUUCAUUCUUUGUGUUACAAGAUUUUUCAAGAAAAACUGACUCACAUUGAAUAAUUCACCAACUUUCCAAUCAAAUUUCAAGGUAGUUAAUUACCAAUAGAACAGAAGUAAGAAAAAUCACCAAUUUUCAAAAUAGAUGACUAGUUUCCAAAAAUUCACUUAUGUGUUAUUUCAGCUAAAUUGAUACCAAUCAAUAGUGAUAAUGUAUGUGUAGUUUAAUGAGGUUUCUUAAGCAGUAGCUUGGUUUUUUGUAUUCAAAUUAAGUUUUUCUUCAAUGAGAGUCAUUGAUUAAUUUUGUUGGAUGAAUGAUGACAGCUUUCUACGAGGUGGCAGCUCAAUGAUUUAGGGCAGCUUUUUGUAAAAAAAUGAUUAAAUAUGUCAUCUAAAUUUUGACGAGUUUUGAAACUUUAUAUAGAGUGAUGGAUGAAGUUUGAUUGGAUUGGCAGUAUUGGUGAGAGAUUUGAAAAAUUAGUGAGAGAUCAGAGUUUAUGAAGUUGAAUUUCAUCUCGAUUGGUUGCUAGAUUUCAAGUUGGAUUCUUGUUGUCUGUAAACAUAAAACACUGCGCAUAAAAACAUGAAACAUUGUCUCUCCCCCAUACAAUGUUAACUGAGAGAGCUUGCGCCUGAAAAGUCCAAGGACCGUAUUUAUAAACAAUACUCGACAACGAACGUUGCCAAAAGUAAGGUUUGGUUGCUCAACAACUAGCUACAAGAAUCUUCAUGGUUUGGUUACCUGGUAACCAAAGCGUGCUUGGCUAAGCUCGUUCUUGAGAAUCGUUUACAAAUACAUCCCCUAAACACCAUCUUAUUACCCCAUGAAGCUACAAAAAACUCCAAAUAUUACCGUUAAUGACAAUAUCUUGCAAUACCAAUCCCUUGUAGUUAGGAAAUUGGAAUAUUCAUUAAAUUUCAAAUAAUUUGAUAGACAACGAAUGAUACUUCAAUAUUGAUCUCUCUUUAGAGAAGUGAUUGUUCAACAAUAAAAACGUGAGAUCUUGAUUCAAUGUAUGUAUUUUUAAUGUCAAUGUUUGACUAUCAAAAAUAUUGUUUGGCUACUUCUAUGGAACAUGCAACAACUCAUUAUAUUAUUCUGCCUGCACACUAAACAUACAGUCAUUAUUAACUAGCAAACUUUGUUAAGCCCGUCUAGUGUGUGAGCAGCAAUAGAAUAGAGUACUGUUAUAUUUUUCCUAAAAGAAAUCCAACAAAAUAAUUAUGAUAGUCUUAUUAGUGGAAAAUCUAAAUGAAUUAUAAUUAUGUUUUAUUAAGUGUCACACUUGAAUUGGGAGGAUACCCAAAUUAUAUAAUGCUAGUUGAUGAGAAAAGUUGAUUCAUUGAACCAUUGUAUUGUGGGAAGGUUCUGUGAUAGGGUCUUGAAAUCGCCGAUUAUUCUGUUACGUCAUUUAGAGAUGUUCUCAAUUCUUGAAUCAGGCAGAGAUUUCAUUGAUAAUUAGACACUACUACACUAAAACACCACAUUCUAUAACAAACGUUUUUAUCAAUGUUAAAUCUGUCUUGACGUAUUUGAACCCUUCUGAAAAUACACUUCACUUUGAUCUAAAACUGCUGAAGUGAGGCUAGUUUUUCAAGAUUAAAAUGAAACUUGAACAAAUCUUUAAUUAAUUCUUUGUGUGGAAAUGUUUGCAUUGAAUUUGUAAGUUGAAAAAUGAAGUGUCUAAAACGACGGAGGGAUGUGAAUCUAGUCUAGACUACUUUUAGGUGUCAUUGAUUAGCUUUACUAUAGUGUAGAAAAACUCCAAUAGCCUACUUGAGCUGCUAGUAUGGAAUGGAUUUGUAUAGUAGGCUAUUUGUGAAAGUUCAAUUAUUAUUCUGGGUUAAUCAUUAUCAAAAAUUAUUUGGGAGAUUUUCGUGAAUUGUGUUGGAUUCCGUGUUGGAUUAUAUCUUCUUUGAAACUUACUAAGCCAACGUAAUUUAAGGAUAUUAAGCGGUUUUCAAAUUUUCAACUUGUGUGUGGAUGCUAGUUAUCAUUGCUAUUAUAGGAAAUCUACAAUUAUAAAAAAGUAAUCUGUGAGAAGAAACUAUAGAUAAAGAGAUCGAGAGAAGAUUUAGAAAUUUUUAUAAUAAUUCAUGUAAUUUUUUAUCCGUAAAUUAUGGGAAUAUUGUAGUAAAUAAAAGCCUAAUUUAGUUCAUCUGUUAUUAAGGACAGAUGAUAGUUUAUUGUAUUCUUUGCAUAGAUUGAAUUAAUCGUUGAAAUAUGUAUAUGAAAUUAUCUGUUGGCUUCUACAAUAUAUUUAUCUCUACAAUCUUAUCUUCAAAGAUAGAAUGUUGAAUCGUUUAUAAUAAUUUGAAUGCACAUAUUUUUCCCAGAUCUUAUAUUUUUGUUUCGCCUGUUGAUCAAGAAUAUAAUAUUAUAACUCCUUGUGAUAAUAUUUUGUACUUAUAAUUUUUUAAUUAAACUCUUGAUAGAUGUUUUAAACGUGUUUGUCAAGUAAAACUAGUAGCUAUGACAUAAUAUAUAUAUUAUUAAUAAUGUAUUGAAUUUUGAUAAAAUGAAGAUAGAUAUAAUUAUUUCACUUGUAAAGAGAGCAUCGUUAAAUAAUGUAUAUUCCGCCUUGUAAAUUAUUCGCUUUGUUUUGUAAUAUUUAAGUUUUUGUAAAUUUAUUGUUGAGGGAUAAAACUAGUGAUCUUGUGUUUGUCCCAAUAAUAUAGAAUCGUAGUAUGCCCGUUUUUGCUCGUAAUUAAUAAAUAACUAUAUUCCAUGAUCAAUAAUAAUUAUAUCUAUGAAGUGAUUGCAUACUGUGAAGAUGUUUUUAUCAAAGUUUAAUGUUUAAAAACUUUUGGAUGUCGUGGAACAGUCUGAGCUGUUCUUACUCAAUUGAAUAAUAAUAACAAUGUGAUUUCAACAUUGUAGUAAACUGUAUAGUAUUAUAGCGUAAUCAAAUGUAGCUGAACUGAAGUAGGUAGCUGAUUUCCAUCUAGAAACUCUAAAGAAAACGUUGAUUUUUUGUUGAGUCGAUAUGUUAUGCCUAGGGGAAUGUUUUGUUGUGAGUUGAAAAUGCAAUGUGGGAUGAAGCUAAUAAGUUGAAAAUUUACUAGAACUGUUCCCAAUGUUACGGAAAUAUAGUGCUGUAAAAAAUAAUCAUAAAUGGACAAGUAAAGCUAUUAGUUGGAUAUGUGGUAAGACAAGUUGAUCGAACAUUAACUUAAUUUAGUAAAAAUUGAGCUGGACUAGUUGUAAAUGUAUUUUUUAAACUCAACUCAGUUUUUUAAUAUUCUUCCAAACUAAACUACAAAUGAGGAAAGCUUUGAUUUUUUUGCUGUGAGUUUCAUAACUAUAAAUUGUAUUCCAAAUUGAAAAUAUAUUUGAAGUAAUAGCACUAGACGUGAAUAGAUUUUAGCAUUCAUCUAUUCAAAAUUGAGAAGAGGCUCUAUACUUGGAAGUAGGUCGAUUCAAUCUAUUUUGAAUUAAAGCAUUGAUCUUUACACUCAAUAUCAAACUGCUGAUAUGAUUAUUAUUUUCUGGAGAUAUAAUUACCAUAAAUACUUUCAACUCAACAAUUUAUGCUAUACAACAUAUCAAUCAAAACACCACACUAUUCUAAGUUUGCAAAAAUAUGAAACUUUAACCGAACAUUCAUGAAUUAAUUGGUAUCUAUUUUUAAUUUGUACAUUUCUAUGAAAUAAAAAAUGUAAAUAAAGGAGAUUAUUGUGAUAGGAUUUUUCAAUUAACCAUGUACAUAAGAGUUGCUGUAUGUAAAACAUGAGGAAUAGGUGGUUAUCCUGUAAAUAUUGAUAUCAUUCAUAAUGAACCAAAGAUAUGCCUUUUUUGUUAGCUAACAUGAAUAUUCCAAAACUACAAGGUGUUCAAUUCAAGCUAUCUGUUUUUAUAGUUCUAAUUAGUAGGAGUCAUUCACAAGUUCAACUCACAACAAAGCAUCCCACUUUUUAUAGAAUUAUCUUAAUCAUUAUCUAGUUUCUAUUCUAUUGAACUCUUUGCACUGCUUCCCCACUCUAUUUUCCAACCGUUUUCUCGCAAUUUUCUCAUGUACCAGUAAUCACUUAUAUAAUACUCACACUGCCACAUACUCUUAGAAACAUAUCACACACAAUUUGAAAUUUUUCGCCCUGAAUUCGUUGAGAUGUAUAACUAUCAAAUUUCAAUAGAAUCGGUUAUUGAAUUUCUUGCAAAAUUUAUCCUUGAAAAAGAUGAAUAGGCCACUUACCUCUCUCAAAAAUGGCGAUGCUACCAAAUGAUUUUUCCCUUAAAGAUCUCAAACUUUAGUAUAAAAAAAUCCCUACUAAUUGCACCUGCCAUUGAAUGCUUUAUACUAAUAAGAACUUUCUAUCACGGUACAUACCACAAGGUAUCCUCCCCCUGAAAAAGAUGUGGCCUCUUCUACUUGUAUGUUUCCAAUAAUAUGGUCAUGGUCAGUUGAAGUAGAACCAAUAAUAACACUCUUGAAAGAAGAAUUUCUUGUGAGAAAUAGUUCAAGGCUCAACUUGGGAAAUCAUUAUCGCCAAUAGAUGCAAUAACCGUGCGUGCAUAUUAUUGUACUAUUUUAUUGAAUGACAGUGACUAUCAAUUUACUGAAUAGUCUAUCUGUCAGGAAACAUUCCAUUUUCAAUCACCAAAGUGUUAGUGUCUUGAUUGAAUGAGAAAAAUCAAUUAAAAGUUGAAGUUGCGCUUCUUUUGCCGAAUGUUGGUGUGAAGUUUACAUCCAUCUGCAUAAUCCUUAUCAAAAUUAAUUUAGGGGGAAAAAUGUUGAUAAAUAAAUAAGUAUGAAGCAAUAAGAAAACUUGAUCGUAAAGUUUUUUAUGAAUGUAAAUUACUAUGUUGUUUUGUUGAAUACCGUUAGAUAUUGAUAAUGAAUACACACAGUCGAUUAAUUAUUAUAUAUUGUAUAUACAAACGUAUUAAAUUAUUAAAAAAUGGUGUAUUGAAAGCAAGUCGUAACACGUCUUAUUGAAUAAAUAAAAAAUAGUUGAUGCUGUAAAUAAGAAAAAUUUAAACAAGCUUUAGCGUCUUUUUAAUAUGAGAAAACAAAUUGUAGUUUAUAUACAUAAAUAUAUUAUAAAUAAAAUGUUAUACAUAUACUUAUUAUUACUAUGUACAUGGAUUUCCAUUGAUUAACUAUCAAUUAAGUAAAUUAAUUAUUGAUAAUUAACGAUAGCGAGCAGAAGGAGAUCUUCAAAAUGUUACAUAAUAUAAAAUAUUUUUGCUUAGAUCUCAAAUAUGUGUGAAAGUCUUGGAUUUGGAUUGUAAUAUAAUAAGGAUAAUAAUUAAUUAAUGGUAAUUCAUGACUACUUUUUAGUCGAUUAAAUGUUUCUUAGGCAAUCUAUUAUUAUUGAGGGUGAAAAGGGAGUACAGUAUAGUACUUUGUGUUUGAACCUGUGUGGAUAUCACAGAACAUUUUACUAGAUUUUGAGUAAACUCAACUUUCAACAAUCUUCAUGUUAUUAUAAUGAGCCUGGUUUUUUGUCGAACGAAAUGUCAAUUUGAGAAUUUAUAAUCACUUAAUUUGAAUCUAUAAAUACACCAUUUCUUGAAAUGUAGGGGAAUAUACUAUCCUAAUUCAUGGAUCAUUGUUUUGCGUUCUUUGUGGGCAUUAUUAUGAUUAAAAAUAGAAUUCCAAGUUAUUAAUGACCUAGGUUUUUUUUGUGAACAAUAUAAAAUAAAAUAUAAUAAACAGAGAUUUUCCGUUUGAAAUUGAAUUUUCAGUGUUAAACUUCUUUUUAUCAACUCAAUAAACUAAAAAUAUUCAAGGAGGAAUUUUCAAAAUCCUCUAGAGCAGUUUAAAGAGUCUUCCCUCCCAAAUUAUAGAGGUUGGCGUCUCCAGGCUUACACCAGGCUUAGAAGUGACGAUCCAAAUGAAUGGAACACUUUGUCAUUAUAAAACAAAAUUAAUGGAAUUCAAACAAUGUUAUUAAAUAUUUUCCUUAAAGGAUUUAUUAAUCAUUAUUAUUUGCUCUUAAAAUUUGUACAUAGUAAUUGUUGAGAUGUUUUUUUAAACUUAUUGCUCCAAUUCUGGUCAUUGAAAUUCAUUAUAGCAAUAUUUUUUGAAUAUCAUUCUAUGGUGAUUAUUGAUUAUAAAUCAUAUUGAAGAGAUUAACUUUUGAAAAAGGUAUGAGUUUGGAGUCAUAAAUAAUAGUUCAUUUCAUAGUUCUUCUAUUUCAAGUAUUCUUCUAUUCAUGACAACUGUAUGAAUAAAAAGCAAUGUAUUUGAUUACUAAUGUAAUGUGUUGAUUUUAAAUUGAAAUUAAUAUCUAUGUGGAGUUCCAUUUGAAUUUGUAUGUUAUUACAAAAAUAUUCGAAUCAUACUAAUCAUUUUCAAAUUAGAAAUCUACUCUCCGUUUUCAAAUAUAAUCAUAAUUAAAUCAAAAAGUAAAAUACAGAAUUUGUAUGUUAAAAUUUUUACUAUCUACCACUGAUUUGAAAUCUUGAGUAGUUUUUUAUGUGUUCAAUAGAAUAUGAUUGAUAUUUACGCUACAUUAUUUAUUGAAUUUUAGUGAUAUAAUUUUUAAAAUCUGAUUGAGCAGCUUGCAACCAGUUAUGAAGUGGUUGUUCCAAUACAGCAAUUGCAUUUAUAAGCUGAUGGGCUGUCAAUGUUUAUAAGGUAGUGUAUUUUUUAGUGUGUGUUUCUAGUUGACAAACUUUUAUAUGCUCAAAAUUAUUUUUUCAUUUCAUGUAAAUUAUCAAUACUUCACUGAUAUUCACUUAUUAAAGCAAUGAAAAUAUUCAAACAAUUUUCUUCAUCCAGAUCUGCGUGUUGUAACAAGAGUUAUCGAUUUAAAUAGACAAUUGUUUCGAUA